AUGUCGCUUGCCACACCGACCUCGGAGGAUCUCGAAGAGCUCUUGCUCUCUGCACGGUAUGGAGAUGUUGAUGAUAUCCAGCAAUUUGUCGACAAGUUCGGGUCAGACGCGUUCGCGACCGUGCGGGAUGACAGCGGGAACACCGUCCUGCACAUGGUUGCUGGAAACGGGCACACAGACGCAUUGAACUUCCUCCUUCCCCUCGUCCCCUCCUCUUUGCUCGCUGCGCGGAACAACGCAGGCUCGACGGCGCUGCACUGGGCAGCUCUCAACGCGCAUCUUGAUGUGGCCAAGAAGCUCGUACAGUUCCCCGGGGGCCCCGGAGUUGAUCUAAUCGACAUCAAAAACGCCACCGGUCGUUCGCCCUUGGGUGAAGCCGAGAAUGCGGGCUGGGAAGAAGGGGCGCGAUGGUUCGUCGAAGUGAUGAACUUGGACGAGAAUGCUAAGAGUGAGGCCGUGGAUGAGGAGCUUCAGUCGGCCGAAGGGGUGGGUCGUGUCGAAGUUGAGAUCCAGGAUGCCGAGGGGCAGGUGGCGAAGACGGUAUUCGGAACAAACGAGACCGAUUCAAAAAGUGUAUGUGCUGGUGCACGCGCAGAGAAAGCGUAG